AUGGAUUACCACGGCAACCAAAUCAGCUUCAAAAUGGACGCCAUGCAAGAAAUGAAACUGAAAAGCAACGAUGCCACGGAAUAUUUAUUGAAACAUCGCAUCCAAGAUCUGUUCAAUAAUUUAACGGCACAGUUGAUCUACACUAGGCCAGACAAUCCCAAAGCAUUUUUGAUAGAGGCCCUGGAGAAUCUACAGAAGGCAAGAGUGAAAAAAGUAAACUACCCUUGCUUAUUUGACGAGUCCAACAUUCGAUCAGUGUUUGGCAUGCUGGAUCCCACUGGCCGUGGUUUUGUUACUCUGAAGCAGUACCAUGAAGCCAUGAUAACCCUAGGAGCCAGGGAGUUUGACCUCACUCCACAUGGAGCCGAUAUGGACCAAAUUAAUCUGGAAACUUUCACACGAGAAGCCUUACGUGGCCUGAGCAAUUCUUCAGCAACCUUCUGCAAUGUGUAA